AUCGCUACUGAGUACUCAGUAUCUUUACGAGAGAUAGUGCGUAAAAGUGUAAGAAAUAAUGGCUCGACUCAACUAUAUUGUCGUGAUCAUUAGUGUUGCAUUAACAUGCAUUCUCGCAGAGGAAUUAUAUUCCAGUCGGUACGACGACAUUAAUGCCGAGGCAAUUUUUAGUAAUCCCAAAUUGCGACAACAAUAUUACAAAUGUUUUAUGGAUCUUGCACCGUGCAGAACAGCUGAUGCAAAAUUCUUUAAAGAGGUUCUUCCCGAAGCUUUACAAACCGAAUGUAGGAGAUGUACUGAAAAGCAAAAGCAACUUUUGGAUUACAUGAUCGACUGGUAUACAACAAAUAAUCCUGCUGAACUGCAGGAACUUAUUGCAAAGAGUCUUGAGGAUUUAAAAAAGAAAAACGCCAAAUAAUAAUUGCUGACGACAAACGCUGACAAAAUGAACAAAAAUAUUACAUAACAGAAGGAAAACAAAAGAAAAAUAAUGUAUGAUAUCAUCUAUAAAAUUAUUAAAUACUUAUACCUGGAGAUCUUUCUCAUUCGGGGAAGAGAUACUCCAUUAAUAAAAAUAUACUAUGUUAUAUAAUUAUUAUACUACAUGUUAUAUAAUUAAUGUAUUCCAUUAUAAAUAAUGAUAUAAUGUAACAUAUAUAUUGUAUUGUGUGUAUUGUUAGAAUAAAACUUAUAAAAACAGUUUUAAAAUAA